CUGUGGAGAAAGGAGCCCCGGCGGCGGCUGGAAGUGGACGGAGAUUCCCCGUGAGGCUGCGGCGUUUCUUCCCCGAGGUUCCCCCUGGGUCGUCCCCCAUCCCCCCUCCGCGGUCAGCAUGUGGUGAAGCCGCAGCCGCCGGAGACCCGGGGAGCGAGGCCGAGGCGUCGGAAGGGAGGCGGGGUGUCGAGCGGCUUCAGCUUCGGCGGCGGCGGACCUCGGAGGGGGGCCGCGGCGCAAUGUCAGAGCAGACGCCGGCCGAGGCCGGGGCUGCGGGGGCCCGGGAGGACGCCUGUCGGGAUUAUCAGUCGUCGCUGGAAGACCUGACCUUCAAUAGCAAACCGCACAUCAAUAUGCUGACCAUUCUAGCCGAGGAGAACCUGCCCUUCGCCAAGGAGAUCGUCUCUCUCAUCGAGGCCCAAACCGCCAAGGCUCCUUCCUCAGAGAAGCUUCCUGUUAUGUACCUUAUGGAUUCUAUCGUGAAAAACGUUGGAAGAGAGUAUCUCACUGCCUUUACUAAAAAUCUAGUUGCAACAUUUAUUUGUGUUUUUGAAAAGGUGGAUGAAAAUACUAGAAAAAGUUUAUUUAAAUUACGUUCCACAUGGGAUGAAAUAUUCCCUUUGAAGAAACUUUAUGCCUUGGAUGUCAGAGUCAAUUCAUUAGAUCCUGCUUGGCCUAUUAAACCUCUGCCCCCUAAUGUGAAUACAUCUAGCAUCCAUGUGAACCCGAAAUUUUUAAAUAAAUCGCCUGAGGAGUCUUCAACCCCUGGCACAGUGGUCAGUUCCCCCAGUAUCUCCACUCCUCCCAUUGUACCUGACAUACAAAAGAAUCUUACUCAAGAACAAAUAAUAAGGCAACAGUUGCUUGCAAAACAAAAACAGUUGUUAGAACUUCAGCAGAAAAAGCUGGAGCUUGAGUUAGAACAAGCUAAGGCACAAUUGGCAGUAUCUCUUAGCGUUCAGCAGGAGACAGCCAACUUGGGUGCUGGAUCAGCACCAUCUAAAUUACAUGUUUCACAAAUUCCCACUAUGGCUGUUAAAACUCCCCAUCAGGUUUCUGUGCAACCUGACAAAAGCCGACCGGGUCCAUCCUUACAAAUUCAAGACUUGAAAGGCACUAACCGGGAUCCCCGUCUUAACAGGAUGAGCCAACAUUCUUCCCAUGGCAAAGAACAGAGUCAUAGGAAGGAAUUUGUAAUGAACACAUUAAAUCAGUCUGAUAUUAAAACAAGUAAAACUGUACCCUCUGAAAAACUAAAUUCAUCCAAGCAAGAAAAAAGUAAAUCAAGUGAAAGAAUAACCAAGAAAGAACUUGACCAGUUAGAUUCUAAAUCUAAAUCUAAAUCUAAAUCACCAUCACCUUUGAAAAACAAAUUAUCCCACCCAAAAGACUUGAAAAAUCAAGAAUCUGAAAGUAUGAGGUUGUCUGAUAUGAACAAAAGAGAUCCACGAUUAAAAAAGCAUCUUCAGGAUAAAGCUGAGGGCAAAGAUGAAGAUGUAAAAGAAAAGAGAAAAACUGCAGAAAAGAAGGAUAAAGAUGAGCACAUGAAAUCAUCUGAACACAGACUGAUUGGAAGUAGAAGUAAAAUCAUAAAUGGCAUUGUGCAAAAACAGGACAUGGUUACAGAAGAAUUGGAAAAACAGGGCACAAAACCAGGGAGAUCAAGUACUCGGAAGAGAUCAAGAUCGAGGUCACCUAAGUCUCGGUCACCAAUUAUACAUUCCCCGAAGAGAAGAGAUAGACGGUCACCCAAACGAAGGCAAAGAAGUAUGUCUCCAACUUUGGCCCCCAAAGCUGGAAAGAUGCGUCAGUCAGGACUUAAACAGUCACAUAUGGAGGAGUUCCCACCACCUUCUCGGGAAGAAAGAAAUGUUAAGAGAAGUACUAAGCAGGAUGUUCGAGAUCCCAGACGGCUGAAAAAGAUGGAUGAGGAUCGGCCGCAAGAAACUGCAAGUCAACAUUCUAUGAAGUCAGGUGCUGAACCAAAAGAAAAUAUAGAGAAUUGGCAAAGCUCCAAGUCUGCCAAAAGAUGGAAAUCUGGUUGGGAAGAAAAUAAAAGCUUACAACAGGGUGAUGAACAUAGUAAACCACCUCAUCUAAGGCAUAGGGAGAGCUGGUCAAGCACUAAAGGAAUCUUGUCACCUCGAACCCCAAAGCAGCAACAUCGAUUAAGUGUAGAUGCCAAUCUUCAGAUUCCUAAAGAGUUAACUCUUGCAAGCAAAAGAGAAUUACUUCAAAAGACGAGUGAACGUUUAGCUUCUGGUGAAAUUACACAGGAUGAGUUCCUUGUUGUUGUGCAUCAAAUUCGACAGCUAUUUCAGUAUCAAGAAGGUAAACAUAGAUGCAAUGUACGGGAUAGUCCUACAGAAGAAAAUAAAGGUGGAUUAAAAAAGAAACCUCUCUUAUCUGAUGCUGAAUUAACCUACUAUGAACAUAAAGCAAAACUGAAAAGGACACAGGUUCAGCAUUCAUUUCCAAGACUUGAUCUCUUAGAUCCUGAUAUUUUUGACUACCCUUUGACUGAUGCCUUGUUGUCUGGAAUAGAAUGUGAGCCAUCCAAAAGUAAACAUGCAAGUAGGAAUAGUGGAGCACAGUUUGACAGAAAAGAACAAUUUAGUGAAAGAGCAAGACGUCUUUCUCCUAUAUCUGGGAGUCGUACUUAUGCUGAGAAUCUUUCACCCCAUGAGGGCCGGAGAAGACAUGACGAGCAAGUCUCUGCUAAAGGUGUACGAGAGGAGCAGAGAUCUCCAUUCAAUGAUCGUUUUCCACUUAAGCGACCUAGAUAUGAAGAUUCAGAUAAACCAUUUGUAGAUGGUCCAGCAUCAAGAUUUGCUGGCCUUGAUACAAAUCAGCGGCUUACAGCUUUAGCUGAAGACCGACCAUUAUUUGAUGGACCUGGUAGGCCAUCUGUGACGCGAGAUGGCCCAGCCAAGAUGAUUUUUGAAGGACCUAAUAAAUUAAGCCCUAGAAUUGAUGGACCUCCUACACCAGGUUCUCUUCGGUUUGAUGGGUCACCAGGACAAAUGGGGGGAGGAGGCCCUAUGAGAUUUGAAGGACCACAAGGUCAGUUAGGAGGUGGGUGCCCUUUGAGAUUUGAAGGUCCUCCAGGACCAGUAGGAACACCUCUGCGGUUUGAAGGGCCAAUUGGUCAAGGAGGAGGAGGCGGUUUUCGAUUUGAAGGUUCACCUAGUCUGAGGUUUGAGGGAUCUACAGGUGGUUUGCGAUUUGAAGGACCAGGGGGUCAGCCUGUGGGUGGUCUCAGGUUCGAAGGACAUCGUGGUCAACCUGUGGGUGGUCUGAGGUUUGAGGGCCCUCAUGGACAGCCUGUGGGCAGUCUUAGAUUUGAUAAUCCUCGAUGUCAGCCUGUAGGUAGACUUAGAUUUGAGGGGGGUCAUGGUCCAUCAGGGGCAGCAAUUAGGUUUGAUGGGCCUCAUGGUGAGCCAGGUGGUGCUAUCAGAUUUGAGGGCCCUUUGCUACAGCAAGGAGUUGGAAUGAGGUUUGAGGGUCCCCAUGGUCAGUCUGUAGCUGGUCUGAGAUUUGAAGGACAUAAUCAACUAGGUGGGAACCUUAGGUUUGAGGGACCACAUGGCCAACCAGGGGUUGGGAUCAGGUUUGAAGGACCUUUAGUUCAACAAGGAGGUGGAAUGAGGUUUGAGGGUCCUGUACCAGGAGGUGGCCUGAGAAUUGAAUCACCUCUGGGUCAAGGUGGUCCAAGAUUUGAAGGUUGUCACUCUUUAAGGUUUGAUGGACAGCCAGGCCAGCCAUCACUUUUGCCAAGAUUUGAUGGAUUACACGGCCAGCCAGGUCCUAGAUUGGAAAGAACUCUUCAGCCAGGUCCACAGAGAUUUGAUGGGCCACCUGGACAGCAGGUUCAACCAAGAUUUGAUAGUGUACCUCAAAGAUUUGAUGGGCCACAACACCAGCAAGCAUCAAGAUUUGAUAUUCCUCUUGGUCUGCAAGGUACCCGAUUUGACAAUCAUCCUUCACAAAGGCUUGAAUCUUUCAAUCAGACUGGCCCAUAUAAUGAUCCACCUGGCAAUGCUUUUAAUGUUCCAUCUCAAGGACUACAGUUCCAAAGACACGAACAAAUAUUUGAUACCCCUCAAGGACCAAAUUUUAAUGGACCUCAUGGCCCUGGAAACCAGAAUUUCCCAAAUGCCCUUACCAGAGCUUCAGGACACUCUUUUGAUGAAAAGAAUCUUCAGAGUUCUCAGUUUGGAAACUUCGGCAAUUUACCAACUCCAAUGUCAGUAGGAAAUAUUCAGACAUCUCAACAGGUAAGCUAUUUUAGUUAUCCUCAAAUUCUGUGUGAAUCUUUAUGUUUAAGAAUGUUACUGUUUUUUUUUAAAGGAGGUCUUCCUAAGGCAUAUCCUGAUAAUCAUCUCAGUCAGGUGGAUGUAAAUGAAUUGUUUUCAAAACUGCUAAAAACAGGAAUUCUCAAAUUGUCACAGCCUGAUUCAGCUACAGCACAGGUAAAUGAGGCUGUUGCUCAGCCUCCCCCUGAAGAGGAGGAGGAUCAGAAUGAAGAUCAAGAUGUUCCAGAUCUUACUAAUUUUACAAUUGAAGAAUUGAAGCAACGUUAUGACAGUGUUAUAAACCGGCUGUACACUGGGAUUCAGUGUUACUCUUGUGGAAUGAGGUUUACGACAUCCCAGACAGAUGUUUAUGCAGAUCACUUGGACUGGCAUUAUCGGCAAAAUAGAACUGAAAAAGAUGUUAGCAGAAAAGUCACUCAUAGACGUUGGUACUACAGUUUAACAGACUGGAUAGAAUUUGAAGAAAUAGCUGAUCUGGAAGAACGUGCAAAAAGUCAGUUUUUUGAAAAGGUUCAUGAAGAGGUUGUCCUCAAAACUCAGGAGGCUGCUAAAGAAAAGGAGUUCCACAGUGUCCCUGCUGGACCAGCUGGAGCAGUUGAGAGUUGUGAAAUCUGUCAAGAACAAUUUGAACAAUACUGGGAUGAAGAGGAGGAGGAAUGGCACUUAAAAAAUGCUAUUAGAGUAGAUGGAAAGAUUUACCAUCCAUCGUGUUAUGAAGAUUAUCAAAAUACAUCUUCUUUUGAUUGUACACCAUCUCCCAGCAAGACACCAGUUGAAAAUCCUUUGAACAUUAUGUUGAACAUUGUCAAAAACGAAUUACAAGAACCCUGUGAAAGUCCCAAAGUUAAGGAAGAGCAAAUUGAUGCCCCACCAGCCUGUUCCGAAGAAAGUGUAGUAACACCCACUGAAAUUAAAACAGAAAAUGAUACAGUUGAGUCAGUUUAAAUAAAAUGAGAAAGGUAUGGUUUUGUUUUAACAAAAGCUGCUGUUGGAUCUAGAAGGUGAAUUUUUUAUGUAUAUAUAGACAUAUAUCUAUAUAAAUUGUCUAGCUGAGGCAGGGCCUUCAGCUAUCAUUUGGUUAAUAAAUACAUUUUAGUAUUUGCAUUUCCUACUGCCUGCACAGUUUCAGGUGCUUGUUGUGUGAAAGUUCUGUAGAUGAGUGCAAAUUUAACAAAAUGAAAUUGUAUGUGUAAAAAUGUACGAUUUUCACUUGUGAACUGUAAAUUAUAAAUAAAAAUAUUUUUGCUAUCCAUGGAGUGUAAUAUUUAUGCACACCAUCAAAUAAAGACAGUGUUUCUAUACUUUUAUUGGGUAAGAAUGGAAGUCAACAGCAACCUUAAUGUGAGAUGUUUUUUUCUAGUAUCUUCCCAGGACUUUAAGAAGCAAAGUUCAAACUUAGUUUUUCUCAAAUACAAAAGCCAGAGUUAAAAAAAAAAGAAAGAAAGAAACAAUAGGACGUAUGUGCUUACAUAUAGUUAUCUCUCUCCAGCUAGAAUCAUCCCCAUCCAUUUUUGGAAAGUUCGUAAUAAAACAGUAAUGCUUAUUCUUGGACUCGGAUACUGAUGCCAUCAGCAAUUAACAAAUAUAUUUAAGUACUAAAAGUGAUUUUUUUAGAAAAUAUUUUUCAAAUUGUCAAUUUACUGCAGAUGAACAUAUUUCUAUUUUAAGUUACAGGGAUUCUGUGUAAGAAUGUUCAUAUGAAAAACAUGGUUAACUUUCCUUUGUUGGUUUUGAUUGAAUUAGAUGGGAUACCAUGAGAUGUUAAUAUUCAUACAUGUAAUAAAUUGAAUGAUGAAGAA